AUGAAGCUCUUGGUCCUGCUGGUUUGCAGCCUCCUGGUGUGGAGGGUGGGUGAGACGAGGUCGGAUGCUUCAGAAAAGUUGUCCCYGCUGGCUCCGGGAGCUCUCAGCAUGAAGGAGACCUUCCUGGUGCUCUCCCUGCACAACAAGUUGAGGAGCAAAGUGCAACCCCCUGCUGCAAACAUGCAGAAGCUGGAGUGGAGCGAGGAGCUGGGGCGGCUGGCGGGGGCACGGGCAGCCAGCUGCCUGGAGGGCCCCGCUCCGCCGCCAGCCCCUCAGCUGGGCUGGAGCGAGGUGCUGCUGCCGGCGGGUGCCGGAGGCUUCGGGGCCGUGCUGGAGCUCUGGUUCGCCGAGGGACGACGCUAUGACUACGGGACGGGRCGCUGUGCUGGCAAUGCCACCUGCCGCCAUUACACCCAGCUGGUGUGGGCCACGGCGGGGCAGCUGGGCUGCGGCCGGCACCGCUGUCCCGGCCCCCAUGGCCCCAGCGAAGCCUUCGCCUGUGCCUACUCCCCGGGGGGCAACUGGGAGGUGGCCGGGACGCCCAUCCUGCCCUACAAGCAGGGACCCUGGUGCUCCCUCUGCACCGCCGGCCUCUCUGGCUGCUUCAAGUCCUGGGACCACAGUGGCGGGCUCUGCGAGGUGCCCAGGAACCCCUGUCGCAUGAGCUGCAGGAACAGCGGGCGCCUCGACAUGAGCAGCUGCCAGUGCGCCUGUCCCCCCGGCUACACGGGCAGGUAUUGCCAAGUGAGGUGCAGCGGGCAGUGCCUCCAUGGAAGGUUCAGGAAGGAGGAGUGCUCCUGCCUCUGCGAUGCGGGCUACGGUGGAGCCGAGUGCGGCAUGAAGAUCCAUUUCCCCUUCCAUGCCUGCGACGUGAGGAUAGACAGCGACUGCUUCAUGGUGUCCCCCGAGGCUGACACCUACUAUGGAGCCAAAAUUAAAUGCCAGGAGAAAGGGGCGAUGCUGGCCCAGAUAAGAAACCAGAAGGUUCAGGACAUCCUGGCUUUCUACCUCAGCCGCUUGGAGAUGGGUAACAGGGUGACAGACACCGAUUUUGAGACUGGAAAUUUCUGGAUUGGUCUCACCUACAAAACAUCCAAGGCUUCCUUCCGCUGGGACGUGGGCGAGCCAUCCUCCUUCACCAGCUUYGCUUUCGGGCAGCCAGACAACCAGGGGUUUGGGAACUGUGUGGAGAUGCAAGCAUCAGCCGCCUUCAACUGGAAUGACCAGCGCUGCAAGACUCGAAACCGAUACAUCUGCCAGUUUGCCCARGAACACAUUGCCCUAUGGCAGCAGGACCCCUGAGCUGACAGCCCUGGAAAACAGCCAGCGCUGGCUGCUGUGCUGAACCUGUGACACAGAAGGACCCUGGUGCUGUGCCAAGCCCAGACCAUGGCUCAGGAGGAUCUCCCCCAGCUCACUUGUGCAGGGAAUGAGAGGCUGAGGGGRCCCGUGGCACUGGCACCUGGCAAGAAGGGGUGUGCUGUACAUCAGCGUCCCUGAAACAGCAUCUUCUUCUGCCCCUCACCUUCUCCUGUCACCAUCACUCUGCAACAUCCCAGAGAUGCCCCUGUAACAGCCAGGUACAGCAGCAUCCUCCUCCAAAACUGGCAGCCGGGCUGUGUCUGGACUGUGAUCUCAGUGUAACGAGGGGAUAAGGGGGCUCUUUGGGGGUGCAGACCUUGGUACAGCUCAGGGU